AUCUUUUUGUGUGAUUUUCUUUGGUAAAUAUAAAGUUUUUUCAUUUGUGUAUAUUUUUGUGGACUCUUUGAACUCUCUCUCUCUCUCUCUCUCUCUCUCUCUCUCUCUCUCUCCAACAUGGAGAUCGAUAUUUUGGACUUACUUGAGGGAAAGUCACACAAGAGGUACUCAGCUAUAAUGCACAACUGGGGGUCUGUGGGCAGCAUCACUCUCAACCAUCCUAGCCAGGCCACUCCCGCGCCCUCCCCACGCCCCAACGCCCUCAGGAACAAGCCCUCAGACGCCCACACGCAGGAGGAGACUUACCGCCUGCGUCAGGAUGAAAGUCUCGACCUGGAACAUAUAAAAGUCGAGCACAAGGAGCCACGAUGCUGCAACACGAAGUACAGCCAGCAACUCAAACACCUCCUACCUUGUCGCCCCGCCAGGAAGGACAAGAGCCUCCUUCCAAGCAACAAUGCGGGUCUGUUCAGCUACAUCAGCGUUACCUGGCUCACGCGGCUCAUGAUGAAGGCGUACAAGAGAGGCCUGCAACCUGGGGACCUCUGGCUGCUGCAGUACGAGGAUGGAUCUGAAGUCAACUCGACCCGCAUGGAAAGACUGUGGGAGGAGGAGAAAGACUCUACCAAGUUCAAGAGGAAACCUGAGCUGUGGCGCGUGGUGUGGCGGUCUAUCAGGACGAGGGUGGUGGUGUGCAUGCUUAUCUCCAUCGUGCAAAACAUCCUGCAGUUUCUUGGGCCGUCUGUGAUGCUGAAGCUGGUACUGGACUACAUAACGGACCCGCAGAUCGACCACCUCUAUGCUGGCCUCAUCAUCCUGGCCACCUUCCUCAUCAACAUGGGCCGUGGUGCUCUCUUUAAUGCCAUGUUUGUCGUUGGAACUCACACUGCUGCGAGAGUGACAGGAGCAGUGCAGGCCAUGAUGUACAAGAAAGUGCUUCGCCUGAGGACUGGUGGAGAAAGACUGUCGGCCCAGAUCAUCAAUUUUAGCAACAAUGAUAUGGAGAGACUGUUUGAAGCGUGCCUCUCCUGUGUCUUCGUUACUGCAAUGCCCGUUCUCUUCACCCUGAGCAUCAUCUACUGCAUAUACAUCCUGGGGCCUUGGUCGUUGCUGGGCCAGGGUGUCUACAUCCUCUUCUACCCCAUCAUGGCCCUCAUCGCCAAGGCCCAGAGCAGCAUCAGGGUGGAGACAGUCAAGGUAACAGACAAGCGUGUGGCCCUCAUGAGCGAGAUUCUCAACAGCAUGCGACUCAUCAAAAUGUACUCAUGGGAAGACUCAUUUGCCAAGAAGAUAUCGGGGAUACGACACGAGGAGCUGAAGAAGCAUCGUAUAGGGGCACUGCUGCAGGCGGUGAGCUCCACAGUGACCCCCAGCAUCAGCAUCCUGGCCACCAUCGUCACCUUCAUGGGCUACACUCUCUCAGGCUCUCCACUCAACUCAGCAGAAGCCUUCACCAUAUUCUCAGUGUUCAAUGCAAUGCAGUUCACAGUUGGUGUUCUGCUCACUGUGAGAUCCAUUGCUGAGGCCAAGAUUUCUCUUACUAGGAUACAGAAACUGCUGGAAUUGCCGGAGCACCAGAAGCAGGUCGGGGGGCUCCUCAACAACAACCUGGCACUGCAGAUCAAGAGUGGGGACUUUGCCUGGGAGGUGCCAAACAUUGAUUUCAAGCAAAAGAAACCCAGUGGUGCUUCAGACCCCUCAGCAGCCAAUAGCAAGAUGAAGAAUGGGGAUGCCAAGAGGGAUGGACCGGUGGAGGGGGAAGGUAAACACACAAACGGACAUGCCAACGGAAGCAGCAGCCCAGUGAAGUCCGGCCAAGAGAAUGCCGUCACUGCCAACAUAAUUAAGAGUGUGGACACCCUCUUUGACAUCAACCUGUCCAUCGAGAAGGGCAAGCUGAUUGGUGUGUGUGGCAGCAUUGGUGCCGGGAAGAGCUCUCUCAUCUCUGCCAUUUGUGGUGAUAUGAAAGUGCAGAAAGGCAGUGUACAGGUGAAUGGCCACCUUGCCUUAGUGACACAGCAGGCUUGGAUCUACAACGACACCUUUAGGGAGAACAUCUUGAUAGGGCAGCAGUACAAUGAGGAGAAGUACAAGGAGGUGCUUCGAAUCUGCUCCCUAGAGUCGGACAUUGAGUUACUGGCAUCUGGGGAGUCCACGGAGAUCGGAGAGCGAGGAACAAACUUGAGCGGUGGGCAGAAGCAGAGGGUGAACCUGGGCCGAGCUGUGUACUGUGACCGGGACAUUUACCUGCUAGACGACCCUCUGAGUGCCGUGGACGCUAAGGUGGCCCGGCACAUCUUCAACCAGUGCAUUAAGGGACACCUGGCUGAGAAAACUGUCAUUCUUGUCACCCACGCUCCUCAUUUUCUUGAGAAGUGUGAUGAGGUGGUGGUGAUGCAGGAGGGGAAGGUGGUGGAGAAGGGCACACACACAGAACUGCUGGAACGCAAGGGUGAAUACUUUGACAUGGUGGGGCGGGAGGCGGCCAACACCAGCGAGGAGCAGCACCAGGAGGAGGAGGAGACCAAGGAGGCGGAUGGAAAGGCAGAAACUGUAAAGAAAAAAGGAGAGGACAAGGAAGAGGACAAGGAGAAAGGGAAACUGAUCUCAGAGGAAACAAGAGCUACAGGAAGUGUGAGCGCCAAAGUUUACUACACGUUUUUAAAGGUGAGUGGCGGAUGGUGCAUUGCCAGCGUCAUCUUGUUCGCCAUCAUCAUCUUCACCAUCAGUAGAAUGUUCAGUGCGGUGUGGCUACAGUACUGGCUGGAUCAGGGCGACGGAAUGAUAGAGGAACGGCAGAUGAACGUCACCCUGUACAACCUCACACUGUCUGACUCUGAGCUGAAGGGAAGCAUUGUGGAGAACCCAUCACUGUGGCUCUACCAGCUCAUCUACUGCCUCAGCUUCCCUCUCCUCCUCACUGGUGUUGUCAAGGGCAUUGGUGUGACUUUCAGGGUGUUGGCGGGGGCUUCCAAGCUUCACAGCCACAUGUUCACCAGCAUCCUUCGCUCCCCCAUGAGCUUCUUUGACACUACACCCUCUGGCAGAAUACUCAACAGGUUCUCCAGAGACUUGGAUGAGUUGGAUGUCCGUGUGCCGUUCUUCCUGGAGUUCUUGCUUCAAGGUAUGCUGUUCGUGGUUGGCCAAGUCAUCCUCGUCUGUUUCAUCUACGUGUGGUUCGUCGUCCCCCUCAUCGUCAUUGCCAUCAUCUUCGUGCUGGUGGACAUCUUCCUCAAUGCUGGCGUGAGGGAAUUUAAGCGUCUGGAUAACACCCUGAAGUCACCAAUCACGCAGCACAUCGGAUCGUCUAUCAGUGGACUCUCCAUCAUCCGAACCUUCGAUAGAAAACUCUUCAUCACCAGGAUGUAUAGGUUCCUAGACAAACACUCGGCAGCCCUCCUGGUGUUCCGGCUGUCCAAUCGAUGGUUCACGUUCCGCAUGGAUGUGAUGGCAAUGAUGGUGACUCUUGCUGUUACCGUCAUCUGUGUCUUCACCAAGGGAAUGGUCAGCACCGCCCUGGCUGGCUUGGCGCUUUCCUCAGUCAAUGGAGUGUGUGUCUUCAUCCCUUUCCUGAUGAGAAUGAAGUCGGAAUUCCAGUCGCGCAUCACCUCAGUGGAACGCAUCAUUGAGUACGCCUAUGGUCUGUCCAGCGAGGCUCCGAGAGAAAUUCCCGAGACAGAACCAGCUGCCCCCUGGCCCAAAAAUGGCUCCAUUGACCUGCGAAAAGUACAGCUGCGGUACAGGCCAGACCUUCCCCUGGUCCUGCACGACAUCACCGCCUUCAUCACUGCCGGGGAGAAGAUCGGCAUUGUGGGUCGCACUGGAGCAGGCAAGUCUUCCCUCAUAUCUACUCUACUCCGGAUGUGUGAGCUUGAUUCUGGCAAUGUGCUGAUUGACGGGGUGGACAUCAGCACCCUGGGUCUCCACACACUGCGUUCCAGCAUCUCUGUCAUCCCCCAGGACCCGGUGCUCUUCCAGGGUUCUCUCAGGUACAACUUGGAUCCAUUUGACGUGCACUCUGACGACGCAGUGUGGCAGGCGCUGGAGCAGUCACACCUUAAGGCAGUGGUGCAGCGACAAGAGCACGGCCUCAUGUCUAAGGUGGAGGCCGCCGGGGAGAACUUCUCAGUGGGGGAGCGACAACUGAUCUGCCUCACUCGUGCCCUCCUCAGAAAUAGCAAGAUCUUGCUGCUGGACGAGGCCACAGCAUCAGUGGAUGUGGAGACAGACCACCUCAUCCAGGCCACCAUCCGAGAGGCCUUCAGGAGUAGCACCGUCCUCACCAUCGCCCACAGACUCAACACCGUCACCAACUACGACAGAAUCAUGGUGUUGGAUGCUGGCAGGGUGAAGGAGUUAGACACCCCAGUGGUCCUGAUGGGCACUGAGGGGUCAUUGUUCCGGGAGAUGAUGAGUGCCACAGGGGUAACAACAGUGGAGCAGAUGCUGGCACUCACCUAGUACUGUUUGGCUCAGUAAGGCGCAGUCACAGCUCCAGUGAUGUCCCUUACAAGGCUCAGCAAACGUGUGGUGCCCAUCAUUGCAGCUCACAUUUCCUCAGCUCAAGUAAGCUAAAUGGUACAGGAAGCGCUGGGUCCCGGAGGCCACAGUGUCUGCCUUGUCUUGAAGUUAUUGCUGCUCCCCAAGGCUUGAGUUACUAUUCCUUAUUUCCAAAGCAAUGUGGACCAGAUAAUGAGGUGAAAGUUGAGUGUUCUUAUGUCUGAGGUACUUAAGUUUUUAUCCACAUUCGUUUUACAAAGAAUGAAAGAAGUGUUAUAUAUAUUGCAGAUGUUUACUGUGGGUUGUUCAUUGUUGGGAUGCAUUUUCCCCUCAAUUUUUAUAGUAUAUUAAAGAGAUUUAUCUUGAAUUGUAAGCUUUUUUUUUGAGUUAAGGAGAGGUCAGCUUGUGUCCAGGUAGUGAUCUAGCACAAUGGAAGCUUCAGUUCAUUGUUUCUGUCAUAGAAAGGAGAGAAAGUGUCAUUUUAUUUGUCGAUCCCUUAGCGUUCACACUGCCGAGGUGUUGCGGUGGUGGGAAGGCAGGGGAGUGUUUCUUGCAUCUUCCGGUGGAUCUCAAGGGAAACAUGAGGCUCUGCAAUAGUGAGUAAAUGUGUUCAAGUCAGUGUUUCCAUGUGUCGGUGGAGAGGAACAUGUGUGUCGGUCCCUUGACAGUCUCUCGUGUGUGGCAGUCAGUUGUUGCAUUGUGACAAGAGGGAGUCAAUGGCUAGGUUUACAGAUCUGACUUCACUUUGUAGCUUUCUCUCUCCAUCACUCAUUGCAGCAGUGUUAAGAUGCUCAUUGGAAGUGUUGCUGUAGUCUGUCUUAAGCUGCUGGAGACUGUUUACCAUGUAGUGGAGAAGAAAUGUAAUGAAAAAAUUGUAUGAAAAAAAUACAGGAAUUCAAUAAAAGAAAUGUGAAGAUGAUGAUUUCUCAGUAAAGAUCAACAUUUGUGUGAUACCGGGCUGAUAGAGACAAGGACUAUGAUAGAAAUAUGUUGGAGAGAAAUGAAAGAAUCUGUUAGUAUUGAAAAGGUGUUAAUUGGAGAAAUAUGUCAAAGAGAAAUAAGAGAACCUGUCUUAAUAUUGAAAGAGUGUUAACUGGGGAGACUGCUCUGCCUCAACCAAAUGCAGCAGAAGACGUGAAUAUGUUGACUAAAGAGAGAUUUUGACAUGAAGAAUAAAUAAGAAAUAAUAGAUAAAAAGGAGAAAUGAGGGAGUCACACAACACAAUUUGGUUUGAUAAAAAAUAAUGACAGCUACAUAAGAAAAGACUGAAAAUUUUGUAGAUCGAAAAAUAUGUUGAUUUAGGUAGUAUUUUGAUAUGAAGAAUAGAUGAAAAAAUAAUAGAUAAAAAGGAGAAACGAGGGAGUUUACUAAACCACACACAACUCAGCUUGACUGAAAAUAUUGACAGCUACAGAAGGAAAGACUGAAAAUAUGCUGAGGAAAUAUUCUAGCAUGAAGAAUAAAUGAAAUAAAACACUAGAAAAAAGGAGAAACAAGAGAAACGAGGCAGUUUACUGAGCCACACAACACAACUUGGCUCGAGUGAAAAUAUUGAUGGCUACAGAAGAAAAAGACUGAAAAUUUUGGGAAUAGAAGAUUUAAUUGAGGAAACAUUUUGGCAUGAAGAAUAAAUGAAAAAAAUAAUAGAUAAAAAAGGAGAAACACAACACAACUCAUAUCCUGGUGACUGAAGGAAGUGUGUGAGCUGUAACAAGGUGUAACAUUAAUAACUGUACAGCAUUAGGGAAGGAUGUUACUGUAAAAAGGUGUUUGUAUCCACUCAUGAUGGUAGCUUCAAUUAUUAUUAUUAUUAUUAUUAUUAUUAUUAUUAUUAUUAUUACUGUGUGAUGAGCCUGUGUGUGUGUGUGUGUGUGUUCUCUAUAUUUUAGUGUUAGCGUUGAAGUGACAGGAGUUUCUUCAGUUGAUGACUUGUUAGUGCGUGUGGCAGGUGAGGUGACAGGUGAUGAUGAGCAGGUGAAAGUGUACAGGUAAGAUAAUAAUGCCUUGUUCAUUUCACGUUCACCAAUAGGAGAAGAUGUAUUUCUUUAUCUACUUUUUUUUUAUUUAAGUCAUUUUUUUUUAACAGUUUAUUGGACAGUGUUAAUUCCUCCUUUGAAUUUAAAGUGUGGGAAUGAAGACUUAUUUGUAUUUAUUUAUCUAUCUAUUUUUGGGAGUGAAUUUUUGAACAGUUUAUCCAGUAAUAGUAAUUCCUUCUUUCAAUUUAUAGUAUGGUAAUGGAGUCUUAUUUGUAUUCAUUUAUCUAUCUAUAUUUGGAAGUAAUUUUUUCACCAAUUUAUCAGACAAUAUCCUCCUUUCACUUUAAAGUACAACAAUGGGUGACUUAUUCAUUUAUCUAUCAUUUUAUUUAUUCAUCAGUCUAUUUAUGAUUUUUUGGAAGUCAUUUUCAACACAGUGUCUGAGGAAAACAAUGCUAAAGUUGUCAAUCUCACAUGUGACUGUUGAGUUAAGUAUUGGUUAGUAUUUUGUUCACACUGUCGCUGUCUCAUUCCAGACUCGGCAGUUUUAUACAGUGAUAGGGGAAGAAAUAGCGUUUUUUAUAUGCCAUUAGUAUUCAAGCAAGCAGUAGUAAGAGGAAAGCUCCAUUAUGUGGCUUUUAAAGUUACUGCAUAAUUUUUAUCAGAUUUUUUGUGAUACUAACCCAGGGAAUUUCUUGGCAGUGAUAUUAGGAAGAUUAACUGUAAGAUGCCCACUGGGGUGCUAUCAAUACUACACCUGGGAAGAUGGAGGUCCCCCAAGCUGUGUUACUUUGCCAACUAUCACCUGUACACAAGCUAAGCUUAGACAUACAUAUAUAUUUUUGAUCAAAAGAAGUAUAUAUAUGUAGUAUGCAAAUAUACAUAGAUAUAUGUAUUGUGUAGGUAAAAGUCUAUACUAUUUAUGAUGUGGUGUAGUCAUUAGUAAGAAUAAGUACAGUUUAUGGAUUAAUUCAAUACUGUUUUGUGAUGAGUAGCUUUAGAAUGUUCGAUUAAUAGCCGUUUCUUAGUCCUCUUCAAUACUCUUAAGGAGGAUCAGAUCAUAAAACACUCAAAGUAAAUUCCACACUUCAUGAAAUUCCAUCUUUUUAAAAACUCCACACAAAAUGAUUUCUCUGUGGCAAACUCCCCCAAACUUGAAUUACAGUAGUAGCAGAGUAGCCAUGUAACUGUAGCUUCAUUAAUGCCUCACUGUAAGCCAUCAGUGCCACUACUACCACCACCACUACUACCACCACUACUUACACUAUAACUACCAUCACCACCACCACCACUACCACCAUCAUACUAACAGUGCUAUAUCCAUCCACUUCCAACAGAUUACUUGUACUUCUACCAGGGCCAUCUCUUCAUCCACUCAUCUAUUUACUCAUCCACCACUUACUUCCACUGCCUUACCCCUCAGCCACACCACAGAAGGAGAAAACAGAGCCACACCAGUCUAGCCACACCACACCACACCAGGCCACACCACACCCAGCAUCACCUCUGUCUUGUCACACCACCAUUUCCUUCACCCAUUUGUCUCCUGGCCACACCCCAAGCAAGCCACACCAGAGUAGGCCACACCCUAGAUAGAACAGACCACACCUAUAUAGAACACACCCUAGACAGAAUAGACCCCAAACAGGCCACACCCUAGACAGAAUAGACCCCAAACAGGCCACACCCUAUAUAGAACACACCCCAAAUAGGCCACACCUUCCCUCUGGCCAGGAAUUGACAGCUGCCUUCCAUUGUGACCCACUCAGGGCUAGAGUCACACUGCCAUUGGUGGAGGGAGGGAGGGAGGGUAGACCACACCCCAUAGACCACUACAGCCCUGUCAGACCUGAUGGGGAUAUAACUUAUAGUGUUCAGUUUUGUGUGUCUCUGUUGUGUUGAGAUCUGAGCGUCACUAUUUCCCUUUACCAAUUUUAUUAUUGCGUUUUCAUACAAGAGAUUUUUUUUUCUUUUAGCUUGUAUUAUUUUUUUAUUAGAUGUAAACUUAUCUCAUUCCUUUACCAGGUUCACCUUUAACCCCUUCUCCAGUACUAGGAUGCAUUUUUACCUUGAUUUUUGUGUACAAUUAGACCAUUUUAUUAACAUUAGGAAGGGUCUGUGGGAGGCAGAAGAUUAAUGGGCCACAGUCUUCACUAUUUUAAUCCCCACAUGAGUUUCUGAGGCUGUAUAAAAUCACCAAAUAGUAACCAGAAUGAAUGUGGAAACACAUCCUAGUACUGAAGGGGUUAAAGCCAGCAUAGCACUUUCUUCUGUCAGGUUUACGAGGAAAUACGCAGCUUUAGCAUCAGGUUUGAAUGUCACGUCUUUCUUUGUCAGCACAGCACUCAUAUGAUCUUUCUUUUCCAGUAACAAGAUGACAUUUUUUGUAAAGUUAACCUGUAGUAAUAGUGUGAAAUGUUUACAGUUUGCUAAAUGUUCUCCAAGGCCAAUGUAACACUUCCAUGAGACCUGAGCUCAGCCACCACUGUCUGUCUUCAAGUAUUGCCCCACUGUUGAGCAGAGAAAGCAUAGAGUAAUGUGGGGAAGAGGAAGUAGAGUUUGUGUGUAGGAGUGUCUUGAUGUGAACAGAAUAAUGUGUAAUAAUGAGUGUGUUGACAAAGGAGAUGUGUGAAUACUACCUCACUGUUUGGUAACGAGAUCAAAUGCCAGAAAGUGGAUGUCAUACUCAACAGUAAGAAAAGUCUGUAGAAACCAUUUAUAUUUAGCAGAUCUCUCUCUCUCCUAUAUCUUUGAAUAGUGUCAUUUUCACCAUUGGUUCAUAGACGUGUAAGAUCAACUCUGUAUUACCAUUAACUAAACUGCUCCUCUUUGAUCAGUCCCACCCACACUGACUAACACUCCCUGCAAGCCACACCUCCACUGACAAAGGAUGUGAUUGGUGGACAGUUAGAAGGAGGCUGAGUUUCCUUAAUCCCUUUAGUACUGGAACACAUUUUUUACCAUGAGUUUUGGGGUAUGAUUGGAUGAUUUUAUUUAGAUUGGGAAUGGUCUGUGGAAGUCUGAAGAUUAAUAGCCAGAGUCUUCACUAUUCUAAUCCCAUCAUAAGUAUUUGAAGCUGUAUAAAAUCACCAAAUAGUAGCAUGAAUGUGAAAGUGCGUCCUGGUACUGAAGAGGUUAAGUUAGUGUGUGCAGGACAGAAACACCAAGAGGGGGGAGCAGAGAGCACUAAUUGUCUGUAGUUUGUGUGUCAUCUUGAGUGUGUUUGUCAUUCAUUUCCUUACAAGUGAAGAAGUUUGAUGUUAAAUAGGAAAGAAAUAAAAGCAAGGAAGGUCACGUAGUUGUUACACUUUUCAAAAUACACUUAAGAGGUCCUUGCAAGAGUGGAAAUAUAACGCACGAAAGGACUUAAUUUGUGUUGAUUUCCUUUUAAGUAGCUAAAGAAAUGUGAUGUUUUAUUAAGAUACUCAUGAAAGAAAAGGAAGGAAGGAAUGGAGGACAUCAUACAAGAUAGUUAUUUUCUCUAAGGCAAUCUGAAGACAAACUUAUCAUAUAUUUAGCAGUGAUGUAUGUGUGUGUAUUUCUUUACUAUUUUCCCCUGAGGUAAAUAUUUCUGCUGCUGUGCUGGGUGGAAAGGUGUCACUGUACACCUCCAAUACAGAGAGAGAGAGAGAGAGAGGAGAGGGAAAAGAAGGAUCACAUAGCCAUUGUAUAUAUGCUUCUGUUUUUCUUUCUGUCUUUGGUUCAUAUUCACAUAAACACUUUGGUGCCUCAUCUUGACUGCUUUCAAUGGCCUCUAGUGGAAGAUAUUGGUGUUUUCAAGGUAUCUUUACAUGGUCUAUAGGUCUUUGUGUUCCCUAGUGUGCUUUGUGACUCGAGGAUAGUGUAACAGUGGAAGUUAUUUGGAUAUUUAAGAGAAGGAUUGACAGUUAUAUAGGUUCUCAAGGGAUAGUUUGAGGCUGCAGUUGAAAUUAUAUGGGUGUUCAAGGGUGUUUUAAGAUUCAAGGAAGGGCUGUAGGUUCUCAAGGCUCUAGUAAAAAUUAUAUGGGUUUUCUAGUGUGUUUUCAAGAUUCAGGGAAGGACUGUAGGUUUUCUAGGGUUAAUUUAAGAGCCUAGUGAAAAUUAUGGGUAUUCUAGGGUGUUUUCAAGGUUCAGGGAAUAGUUUAGCAGUUAUAUGAAUUCUUAAGUGAUAGUUUAAGAGUUUAGUGGAAAUCAUACAGAUUUUCAAGGGUGUUAUAAUGGUUUAAGGAAAGGUUCAACAGUUGUAUAGGUUUUGAAGUGACAGUUUAAGCCUCCAGUGAAAUUGUAUGAGUUUUCAAGGAUGUUUUAAAGUAUAUGAGUUUUUCAAGGGUGUUUUCAAGGUUCAAGGGAAGGUUUCAGAGCUGUAUACUUUUUCAAGGGACAGUUUAUGAGACCACUGGAAAUUUCAUGGGUUUUCAAGGGUUUUUAAAAGGUUCAAGGCAUAGUAUAGGUCCCCAAGAGAUAGUUUAGGUCUAGUGAAAGUCAUUUGGGUAUUUUAAGAAUAGUUUAACAGUCAUAUGGGUUUUCAAGUGAUUGUUUAAGGUUACAGUGAAAAUUAUACAUAGUUUUCGAUGGUGUUUUAAAGGUUCAAGGAGUUUAACAGAAUCUAGGAAAAUUUAUACAGGUUUUCUAGGGUGUUUAGAAAGUUCAAGAGAAGGUUUAAGUUAUAUAAGUUUUUUAAGGGAUAAUUUAAAGAGUUUAGUGGAAAUUGUGGGUUUUUAAGGGUAUUUUCAAGGUUAAAGUAUUUUGCAGAUUCUAGAAAAAAAUUACACAGGUUUUCAAGGAUACUUUGAAGAUUCAAGGCAUAGUUUAGCAGUAAUAUAAGUUUUCGAGGGAUAAUUCAAGACUCCGGUGAAAAAUUGUGGGUUUUCAAGGAUGUUUUCAAGGUUCAAGGAGUUUAGCAGAUUCUAGGAAAAUUCAUACAGGUUUUCUAGUGUGUUUAGAAGGUUCAAGAGAAGGUUUAACAGUUCUAUAAGUUUUUGAGGUUUAAUUUAAGAGUAGUGAAAAUUGUAGGUUUUCAAUGGUGUUUUCAAGGUUCAGAUUGUAGGAAAAUUUACAGGUUUUCAAGGGUGUUUUGCAGGUUCAAAGACUAGUUUAACAGUAAUAUAAGUUCAAGGGAUAAUUCAAGACUUAAGUGAAUAUUUGUGGGUUUUCAAGGGUGUUUUCAAGGUUCAAGGAGCUUAGCAGAUUUAAUAAAAGUUCUACAGCUUUUAACAGCGGCGGAAACACACCAGUUUUCUGAGCGGCCUUUGAAGACAGUCAUGGCGUGGGAAUGAAGUGUUUGGGAUAAUGGAUGCUUUAUGUGAAGUUGCAUCUAGUACAAUGUAUUUGAAUUUCACACACAAAAAAAAAGGUACAAAAAGUGUAUAACAAGAGCUUAUUUAGGUAGUGUCACUUUGCUCAUCGGCGGACUCGUGUCGUGAAUGAUCUCGGCAUCAAUGGUAAUGAGGAAACACUGUUGCCAAAAUUGGAUUGCACAUUAAUAUAACAGCCGUAUCAGAAACGCCUUCCUCUCACUACGACAAUUUUCCAAGGCCACAGAGACAACUACCAGGGUUUUAAAGGCAAUUUCUCCCUUUAAUAAACCAGAAAUCUUGCCAAUCUAUCAUCAGAACCAUAAAAAUACUCUUAAAAACAUGAAUAGAGACAACUAGCCUGGUUUUCAAGACAAUUUCUCCCUUUAAGAAACUGGAAAUCUUGCAAAUCUAUCACCAGAACCAUAAAAAUAUUCAUAAAUACACGAGUAGAUACAACUAGCCGGGUUUUCUCCCUUAAAUAAACUAGAAAACCAUUAA